AUGGCGCCGCCCUCGAACUCGCCCUCCCAACCGGGACCGGAAAAUCCUCAACACCAUGCGCCGCACCCUUCCAUGACCCCGUACGGCCCUGCGCAGCCACCGCCCCGGGCACCGUCCCUGUCCGUCGGACUCCCUUCGUCCUUUGCCGGCGGCCGCGAGCUGCCUGCGCUCACGUCCGUCUCCCGCCCGGGCCCCAUCGGGGGGUCCAUGUCCAUAUCCGCCAUGCUAGGCGGGCCGCUAUCCUCGUCCUCGUCUUCGGCACCUCCUGCGAGCCGCGAGCAGCUGCCGACAGCAUACCCUGCCGCCGCCGUCUCUGGCUCGGCAGGCGUACCUCCCAGCUACGCGCCCGCCCACGCCUCGCCUCGCAUGCACUCUGCCUCGGCCGACUUCUCACCCUUCCGUCGACCCCAGACACCUCCCGACCACGCACGACCCUUUGACCACCACCGCGGCAGCGCCGUACCCUCGCCGCGAGGCGGCCCUCCGUCGUACGCCGCCACGUCCGACGUGCCUCGCUACCCCACCCCCCAUGCUCCAUACCAUGCCCGCCAUGUGUCUGCCUCGGCCGACCCGUCCAGGGACCCGUCGCGCAUGUCCAUGGCAUCUGCGCAGCCUCCUAGACCGAGCAGCCAGCCCAAGGCUGCCGCUUACCCCGGCCCGCCACCCCCCCCCCUGGCAGAUCACGGUCGUGGACCGCCCCCCCAGGACGAUGCGCGGUUCGCGCCGCGCCGCGACGAGCUCAACCAUGACAGGACCGGCCUCCGACCCUCGUACUACGACGACCGCUACCGGGCCGAGCGCGAGCGCCACGCCGAGAUGGAGCAGCAGCAGCGCGAGCAGGAGAGAAGGGACUACGAGAGAAGGGAGCGCGCCUACUCGGGCGGCCACCCUCCUCCUCGCCCCUACGACCUGGGCCGUCACGAGCUGCCUCGGACCCAGCCACAGCCGCAACAACCGCAACCGCAACCGCCACCGCCACCGCAACAGCAACCGCAACAGCAGCAGCAGCAGCAGCCUCCGCCGCCUCAACAGCAGCAGCAGCAGCAGCAGCAGUCCUACCGACGCGACGCCGACUGGGGACGCGCGCCUCAGGACAACAGCUUCCGCGCCCCGAUGGACCAGCAGCAUCGCCAGCCCCACGAUUACCCCACCCCCCAACCGUAUCCUCCGCCUCAGGCUGGCCCGCCUUACCAGCAGCAGGGCUCUCCCGACAGAUAUACCCAGGGAGCCUCGCGACCGCCACCGCCGCCGCAGCAGCAGUCAGGGCCUCCCGCUCCCGGACCGUCCCAGCACCAGCCCCAGCCGUACGACUCGCCCGACCGCGCGCGUCUCAACAUGCUGCACCCCCAGCACCAGCCCCCGCCGCACCACGCACCGCGGUCCAGGCUGCCCGAGAAAGCUCCUUCGGCGCAGCAGCACCCCUCGUCAGCCCCAUUCAACACCGGUGUCGCCUUUGACGCCCCGCGCCACAGGAACGGCAACGACCAGGCAGGCGGCCCCGGCGGCCUCGGUCCCCAGCGCAACCUGUUAGCAGUCCAGCACGAGAACCGUAAGGGACGCCUGUCGCCGCUGCCCCAGGCCGUCCAGGGCGCCCAGCCACAGCAGCCUGGACCCGCGGCUGAGCCUGGAAUCAAGAGCGAGUUCGGUCGCAUGUUCUCUGGCAUCGGCAGCGGCGUGGGUAACAUGGGCAUCCCCAGCUCCAUGGCGGGGGCGUCGCAGCAGUCGCAGCAGUCGCAGCAGUCGCAGCAGCCUCAGCAGUCGCAGCAGCCGCAGCAGGGCCCGUACACCAGCGCCGCGCUCGUCAGGCGCGAGGACGCCGAGGGCCCUGACUCGGGGACCGACGUGCCCGUCAAGGGACCUGGGAGGGGAAGGAGAAGAAAGGUCAAGGACGAGGAGCCGCGCGCCGACGACGACAGCACCGGAAGGCUCACGCCCGGACCCAAGGCUAAGCGCACCAAGGCACACCCGCACCACCAUCAGUACGUCCAACCGAGUCGCCCGCCCGGUGGGGACCUCUCAGCUAACCAUCGCAGCCACCACCACCACCACCACCAUCGUGCAGACGAGGCGACAGCCUCCCAGAACAACGCACCCUUCCGCAACACCACAACUAAGCCAGGCGCCGCCGCAGUCGCAGCCUCACCACCCUCGGCAGCGGAGAAGGCGUUCGGCGCCGCGACCGGUGCGCCCGUCCCGCACUAUCACCAUCACCACCACCACCACCAUCACCACGCGGGCCGGACGGGAACGGCAGCUCAGGCACCCAAGCAGCAACAGCAGCAGCAGCAGCAGCCCCAGGAGCCAGCAGCGCCGCAGAUCCCGCCCAGGACGAAGACGACCAUCAUCUCCAAGGAGGUGCGAGAGGCUGCGGCCAAGCACAAGCGUCAGCACCUAGGCGACUUCAUCUACGAGGCGGUGCUCAAGCCGCAGCGGCUGCUCCCGACAACACCUAUCCACCGCGGCUUCUCGUCGAACCCGAAGCCGCUGCCGUGGGACGUGAUCCGCGACAAGAUCAACUGCGUGCUGACAGUCAAGGUACCGCGGGUGCAUCUGUCGGCCGCGUCGCGGGAGGAGAUCACGGCGCGCGGCUUCCUGUGGGGCACAGACGUGUACACGGACGACUCGGAUGUGGUGGCGGCGUGCAUCCACGGUGGGUGGAUCCGCGGUGAGUGGAAUGACGACGUGGAUGUCUCGAUGCUGGAUCUGGGAUCCGACGAGGAGAAGCAACAGCAGCAGCCGGUGCGGAGCAAGGCGCGCACGGCGGCGGCGGCGGCGGCGGCGGCGGCGGCAGCAGAUGCCAUCUCGACGGCCGCGCAGUCGGAGCAGCUCAUCACGUCGCCACCCGUCUCGGGCCCGAUGAGCAUCCCGCCGGACCGCGACCUUCACGUCAACGUGGUGGUGCUGCCUCGCCUGGCGCGCUACGGCUCUACGACGCGCUUCGGCAUCACGAGCCGCGAGUUCGGCAGCGCGACGGACUACUGCGGCACGCGCCACUCUGGCCAUGACGGCCUCAGCUACACCAUCCAGGGCAUCCGGUGGGUCGAGAACGGCGCACAGCCGCAGGCCAGGCUGCGCGGCAAGGCUAGGCGGGAGCGCAUGCGCAAGGCCAUGCGCGAGGUACGCAUCAGCGCCGCGCACAACUCCGUCGCCCUUCCUGUUGCCCUCACGUCCUCUGAUACCACCACCAUCAACAACAACAACAACAACAAUAACAAUGCUUCGUCUCUGGGGAACUGGCGACGUAAAGACGUCGUGACUGCUUCUCCUGCCACCGACGGUGCUGCUGCUGCUACCGCUCACACCAUUCCCAAUAGCGGUGCUUCCGUUGCCGGUGUAGCUGUUGACGGUGCAGUCCGGGAAAGGGAGAGGGAUGAGAAGCGUGCUGCUAGCGAAGGGGAUAAGGAGAAUAUACGUGCAGAGGAUGAUGUUGAAAUGGGGGAGGCGUCGACGGUGAAGGAAGGAUAG